CAGACUGUCGACAUGGCAGAGGAAGAGGUUAGCUAUGCUUCUGUGGUAAUUAAAAGCAACAAAACACCCCAAUCAAAAGCUAAAAACGAAGAGCCAUGUGUGUAUGAAGAAGUGAGGGUGAACGAUGAAACAGUGCAGCCAAGUGCCGACACAAAAUACGAAGCAAAGACAAGACUUCGGUACUUUCAGCUGUUGACGUGUUGUUUGGGGACUCUUUGUAUCAUUUUGAUGUCGGUCAUCAUUGGAAUCAUUAUGUAUCGUAAACAGUUUGCAAAUCUGUCUGCAGCAUAUCAAAACCUGAACGAACAAAACCAGGAGCUGCAGGCAGAGAAGAAGAACCUGACAGAACAAAUCAAAACCAUGGAGAAGACGUGGACUGAGCUCAAUGUGAGUCGAGCUCAGUGGAGCAUUGAUGCCUACUGUCCCCUAAAAAUGAAGGUCAGAACGUGUGAACCUUGUCAGCAGGGCUGGUCAAUCUUCAACUCCAGCUGUUACGCAUAUAAUGAUGCUCCGCCCUCUUCUCAGUUAAGAUGGGAAGAUGCACAAAAAGACUGCAGAGGAAAGAUUUCUGAUCUGACUGUUGUUGCUGAUAACAAGGAAAAGGAUUUUGUUAAGUCUAUCAGUAAGCCUGGAGAAGAGAAGAACGAGUACUGGAUUGGUCUGAAAGCCGUAGAAGGAAAAUGGAAAUGGAUCAAUGGAAGCUACAUGACCAAUAUUAACUGGAUCAGUCCCCCUGCAAAUGACAGUCUGUGUGUGGUUUCUGUCCUAAACCAAGACUGGAAACCAGUGAGGUGUGAAGAAAAGAAAGCAUGGAUCUGUGAAAAGAAGGCUUUAUCUCUUUAA